AUGUUUUCCCUAGUCAGAGAUUCAGGAAGUUUUUCAAGCACUGUUCGAUUCAACAGUAGUUUCUGCAAGCUCCGUGUAGGAUCUGAGAUUUUCGAGGUUUCAAGCUCGGAUUCAGUUCACAGGAUCAAACUCAAUUGUGUUGAAGAUGAAGACCAUUUUCUCUUAAAUAGAGUUAAGUCAAUUGUUGGAAGUCUCAUUGAUCCUGACAAAGAUGAAGAGCUUAAAAACACUAAUAUAGAAACGGAAGACAACUACGAGAAGAUUCUAGAGCUUCUAAAAGAUGAAAAUCCAGAUGAUAAGAACAAACUCGCUGGAUUAAUUGAGGAAUUCCACACACGUUAUCAAUCGAUCUAUCAACGUUAUGAUAACAUCACUGGAAAACUGAAGGAGAAAGUUCGUUCAAAGAAAGAAAAGGAAGACUCUUCUUCUUUAUCAUCAAGUUCAGAUUCAGAUUCAGAUUCAAAUAAAAAAGAAAGUAAAAAUGGGAAUUUGGACAUGGUUGCAGAUAGCCUGAAAGUAGAAGUUGAAGCAGCAAAUAGAGAGAUUGAAGAACUGAAUCGAAAGUUGAAAGCUGAAACAGAAGAAAAGGAAGCAUUAAAUUUACAAUAUCAGUCUGCUUUAAACAAGGUACAAGAAACAGAGUACAUGUUUAAUGACUCGAAACUCCAAUCUCAUAGAUUCCAUGAAGAAAAUUCUAAACUUUUAGCUGAAAAAACACACCUCAAUUCCAAAAUCGAAGCUAUCAACAUAGAAAAAAUGGAAGCUAUAGAAGAAUUAAGAGCCAUUAAAGAGGAGAAAUCAAACGCGAUUCAAAAACUAGAAGCCACUGAAGCAGAAAACAAAUCUCUAUCCCAAAAAGUUUCAGAAUUAUCAGUAGAAAUUAAACGACUAGAGAUGAAAAUUGAAGAAACAACAGAGGAAAUCGAAAAUGGUGUGAGGUCAAAAAAACAGAUAGUCGAUGAACUUGAAGAAGCCAUUGAAGACCUGAAAAAUGAUCUUGAAAUCAAAGGAGACGAAGUCAACACAUUGACCGAAACAGUCAGAAACCUCGAAGUCAAAAUCCGGUUAUCAAAUCAAAAGCUUCGUAUAACAGAACAGCUGUUACACGAAACAGAACACGAUCACGCAACAAAAGAACAAAAGCUCCAUCAACAAAACAAAACCCUAAUCGAAAAAAUCUCAACAUUAUCCGAAACAAUCAGUUUCAUGAAAAAGGAAGUUCAAGAGAAAGUCAGCGAGACAUUGAAAGGGUUUGACUUGUUAACCGUAAAAUUUGAGGAGGAUUUCGGGCAUGUGAUGACGCGGGUUUGUGAGAUUAGAAACGAAGUGAAAGCUGUUGAGAUUCAAGCGAGGGUAAAUCGGUCAAAUAACGAGUAUUUGAAAGGGAAAGUUGAGGAAAGGGUGAUGGAAUUGAGUGGUUCCUUGGAGGAUGUUAAGGGUAGGAUUUUGGAAAAAGAUGAGAAGAUUAAAGAACUUGAAGAUGUGAUUUGUGUGAAAGAUGAAGAGAUGUUGUGUGUUUGUGAGGAUAAAAGAGAGGCGAUAAGGCAGUUGUGUGUUUGGGGUGAUUAUCAACGUGACCGGUGUGACAGUCUUCUAGAAGUUUUGAAACCGGUACUGGAUAACAUUAACAGCAGACGGUGAGGUAAGUGUAUUGCAAUGUUUACUGUCUGACAUGCGUUUAGGAACUGCUAAAGCUCUUAAACGCAUGUCAGAAAGUAACUGUUUUGAUUUUGAAGUAGUCAGCAUUUGCAUUUUGUGCAUGUUGAGGGUUCUGGAGUGUUUGGAGUCGAAGUUAUUUGUUUUGGUAUUACACCAAAUUGGAGGAGAUAGUGUGUAUAGGAGUUUCACAAGUCAUUUUGGUCUUUGUUUUUGUUUGAUUUUUGGUUCGUGCUUGUUCAGUAGUGCUACUUUUGGGUAUGGUUUGAAUAAGAAGCAAAAUUGGGGUUGGGGG